GUGAGAGAGUGAAGGAUGGAGAGAGAGUAAAUAAAACGGACUCAGAGUCUGAAAGCAGCCGCUGAUUAACUCAGGCUGUGAGCAGCAGCCGCUUCUCCUCCUCAUCUUCCUCCUUCCGUCCGCUUUUCAUCCCCGCUUCCUGCUCUCCAUGCCGGCGGAGGUCUCCGCGGGGGGCCAUGGCGAAGAUCCGGGUGUCGUACGAGUACUCCGAGGCUGAGGACAAGAGCAUCCGGCUGGGUUUGUUCCUGAUCGCCUGUGGGAUCCUCAGCCUCUUCAUCCUGGGCUUCUGCUGGCUCAGUCCGACGCUGCAGAGUCUGCAGAGCAAGCCGGCCAACUGCACGGUGGUGUCUGUGCUUCGUCCUGAGGAGAUGUUUGAGUGUGUUUUUACAUGUGGAGCCGACUGUAAGGGAACGUCGCUGUAUCCCUGCCUGCAGAUCUUUGUCAACAACUCUGAGUCCAACUCUGUGGCGCUGCUGCACUUCGACGAACAGCAGCUGGUCCUCAAUCCAAAGUGCUCCUAUGUCCCCCCCUGUGAGAGGGACAACCAGAAGAACAAAGACAACGUUCUGCUGUGGGAGGAUUACUUCACCAAAGAGGUCAGCAGCCAGUCCUUCACCUGCUUCUUCAACCAGCAGAGGAGGCCUGACGACGUGCUGUGGCAGCGUUCCCAUGACACCAGCGUGCUGCUGCACUGCGUCCUCUGGCCAAUGGUGUCUCUCCUUCUGGGCACGCUCAUUGUGCUGCUGACGGUUUGCGCCCGCUCCCUGGCCGUCAGAGCCGAGGCGCUGCAGAAGAGAAAAUGUUCCUACGAGGUUUGCCAGGACUUGUCCCUCACCACCUCUGAUCGCCGCGGCAACAAACCCGGGGACCUGCUGGCGACGAACUCUGACCCCGAGCUGUCGUCGCCAUCACGGACCCUUCCUCUGUUUGCGGUGCCGGUGAGGCGACGGGAUCGGGAACAUUAAGCCAGAGAGGAAACUUGAGAAAAGCUCAAUGUGAGCCGCUGAUGGGCGACUGGACGCCAUGAAGGGCUGCUGUGAUCUUCAUCAGGAGGAAGAUGAGGGUAAAUCCACUCUGACGUGUGUCGGGUUCACCUGAAACAGUCUAGCAGCUCCUCUCAUUCAGCCUGAUCAGUAGGAGCUGAAUCCACCUCAACCGAUCCCACAUUUCGUCUUACAUUAGAAAGUCUUCUGAAUUUCCGAUCAAAACUUUUAUUUCUCACAUUUAAACGACAAAAACACCAAAAAUGACCAAGUAAUUCUGGUCUAGUGCAAAUAUCUUAGCGCACUUGAAAGACGACAAACAAACGUAGAAAUUACACAUCGGAUUCCACAGACAUCUACAUGUUACGGUUGUCAUAGUCAAGCUAGCAUAACUGAGCUACUUCCCUCUCACUUGCUAUUUUUUUUGUAAUUAAAAGUUUCCUGACCUCGUUUCUAGUUGUCAAUUAUUAACAUUUAGUGCAAUAUUGAUAAUGUACCAGCUGAAACCAAUGCUAGUCAUUGGUUAGCAAGCAGCUUUUUGCCCUCCAGCCAAUAGAAGGUGUGAAAACUUGUGACAUCAUCCUGGAAGAAGUCAGUAGUUUUCUAAAAAGUUCCUUUCAAGUUCGUUUUGCCUUAUUUUAAGUGCACUAAGAUAUUUGCACUACAAACUAGACCAGAAAUACUCGGUAAGAUUUAGUUUUUAUGAAGUACAUUACAUUUUUCUUUGUUAAAAGCAAAGAGUUUCUAUAUUUAAUCAUUUUUGGGCAGGGAAAUUAAAGCAGGUCCGAUAAUUUAAAUAAAGAAAAAAACUAUUUGCUGAGCUUUCACUUUGCACUUCCAGUAAUCCCCAAGAGAGCUUAUUAUAAAACAAGAAAGUGCUUCUUCUCGUCUGAUCCGGUAGAAUAUGCAAAACAACAGCAGUAAAUCCACUAAUCACAACCAAAGCAGAUCUCAGUGCAGAUUUAUGUUUUCCUUCUUUGUUCAUCAGCAGCUUUUCUUUCAUUGUUUCACUUCAGAAAUCAGAAACAACUUACAGAUAUUUAAUCUUGAUUAAUCUUAUUAUCGUUCUGAUUAAACUGAACCUUAGGUUUGGUUGGACUUUUCAGAAAUAUGUACUGAUAAAAUUACACUUAAUAUUUAUUUUAUAAUCAGUAUUAUUCUGUUUUUAAUGCAUUAUUUUCGUCAUAUUUGUCGUCAGGAUUUGAAAAGACCAAAAACGUCUCAAGCUUCAUUUCCAUUGACCAUCUGACUGGUUUGACAUUUAAAAAUAAAUUGCAAGUCAAGAACAUUUUUGCUUUUUACUGUAGCUUUAGUGUAAAAAUGUAUUUUCCUCCUGAAUCCCAGCAGCCAAAAUGUUUUAUGAUUGCCUCUGGAGGAAUUAUUGAUUCAGCACUUUGAUUCCUGAUCAUCAUCCAUUCCUCCAUAAUAAAGUCAUAUUUCACCCAAAACUUCCCUCCAUUUUAUAUUUUUUGUAAAAAUUGAAAGUAGUUUGAUAAAUAGAAAGUUCAGAGAACAUAAACAACCGAUGGAAGAAAAGCUUAUAUCUAUAAUUACAAGUUUUUUAAAUUAAACUGAAGCUGAUUUUCCUUUGAUAAAAUUCAUCUCAAUUCUCCAAGAACCAAAUAAAUUCCUCUUUUAUCCAAAUGUUCAUAAAUGCAUCUCUCAAUACUGUUCUGUUAUCUCACAUCAAUUUAUAAAUAUCAAUCAGAUCAAAGUUUAUAAAUAUGAAUCACUUUAAAUCUAAAUCCUGUUCAAAGUUAGAUCCAAUCAGAUUUCAUAAAUUCUGAUCAGAGUUUCUAAAAUAUUCCUUCUAGAUCACAAAUGCCUGAAACAAAGUUUAUAAAUUCAGAGAACUGUUUUCAGGAAGCUGAUUUGAUUCCAAUCAUCUUUAUUGAUGAACUUCCUCCUGGUGGUGAUCGUCUGUAGAAACUCCUGAUAAAACUGAGAGGAUCAAACAUUUUCUGGUCGACGGUUUUAGAAGCUCUGAUCUAUAAAAACCCAAACAGAAAACUGAACUUUCUGGUUGAAAACUGGAAAACCAUCAGCUGAACUGGUUCACUGAUUUCCACUGAGUGGUGCUGAGAACAAACUUCUUUCAAAACAGGUCAAACCCUCCUAACAUCAGAUUUUUCCAUUUUAUGAAGUUUAAUUUGAAGGAAACUGCUGGUUCUGAAAUGUUGGCCGGUUUCCCAGCGGAGCGGUUCUGAAUGUAGCUUCAUGAAAACACUUAGUGCCUCCUCUUCCUCUGUGACUCGGUGCCAUGCUGUCUUCCUAUCGCUUCUUCUUCCCUCGUUCUACUUGUAAUUUCAUUUCAGCAUUUCCUGUUUUCUAUUAUCUACAUGUGUGUUUUUUCCUUCGUCAGCCUGGAAGCUGAUGUGAUUAAAAUAAUGUUUAUUUUAGGAGAGUUCAUUAUUAGUUUAUAGAUGAUCAGUUUUAUCUUCCAUUAUGUCAGCAGAAAUACACAGAAAUUGUUUGGUUGUGUCUCAAUUAUUACAUUUGAGUCAUUUUGUUCAAAUUUAAAUAUUUAAUAGUUACAAUGAACCAUGAAUAUAUUUCUUUAAAACAUUUUACUAUUUUUGUAGUUAAAUCAGUGAGUUUAAUUCAUUUUCUCAGUAUCUAUAAGUAACGUUUGUUCAUUAAAAUCCAUCAUUUUUCUCUUUGUUCAUCUAAAGAAAAUGUAGCUUCACUGUAGCACUGAACUUUCCGAGCUUGUCAUGUUUCCAUCUGGGAUUAAUGAAGUUAGAUUUAAUAGUUAAAGCCAUAUGCUGAGCUGUAAUCUGCUGUAGCAACAAAAAACAACAAACCUUUGUAUGUAUUCAGAUUUUCUCUGUUGAAAUGUUGACUUUAUUUUUGCUGUCGUCAGUAGCUGAUGGUUGAGAUGAAACAAAGUGUUUGUGUCGUUGUAAUAAGCGAGCAGCUUCGGAUCUUUGUGUCGUCCCGUCUGAACCUCAGCUCUGUGCCAUGUGACCCAGGUAGCCGCUUCGCUUCGCGUUUCACUGAUGGACAUGAUGACUGCUGUGCCUGAUAGAGAUCUUUAAAUAAAAACUAACUUAAUCUGAAA